CCUUUUUUCUCCAUCACAUCGUGUUGAUUCGUGCGCCGAAACCCGGCACGGUGCCCUCGCGGGGACGAUCCUCGCACCUCGUGCGCGAGACGCUCAGCAGCUCCAUGUCCGUGUUGCUGGCCAUCACCUGGGCCUCUAGCAUCCUCACAAGCUUCGGGAGACUUGCCAGUCUUGCUAGCCUGGAGGAGGACUCUGAUUCCCUGAGACUGGUGCAGGUGAGGUCAAAUGCUACCAGCCGAUGCAGUGCCUAUCCCCAUCAUGGCCAAAUGGACUGCGACGGUGCACCGAUGUGCGGGGUCUUAGCCCUGCAGAUGGGCACAGGAGGAGGCGCCUACAGCACUCCAACUCCCAAGGUGCAUGGGCUCUGGCCACAGGUGCCUCCCUAUGGCAACUCUGGUUGUGUGGCGCCAACCAAAAGCACAAGGGAUCCAACCACGCUGGUUUCGUGUUACCAGCCGACAGGAUCACAGACCGCCAGCCAUCAGCAAUGGUUUGAGGAACACGAGUGGGAGAAACACGGCAUGUGCUCCGGGGCGACUGACGCAGCUGACUACUUCAGUCAGAUUUGCGCCUUGUCCUCCAAGCCUUUACGCAUCAUGGACGGCAUUCGAGCAGCGGGUGGCUCCGUCACAGAUGCCGCGGAUCAGUUGCAGCGCUUGGGGAUUUGUGUCCACUCCAUGGGCACACACGACCAGAUCGAGCUCUCAGCCUGUGCCGGCUCGGACGGCCGUUGGAAGUUGGCCGACGUCGACGCCUUCUCGCGCGUGUGCGGCGGCGCGGCGCCUGCGCCACCUGCGCCGCCGUCGCCACCGUCGCCACCACCGACACCGAGCGGGCGCUGCGUGCCGAACAAGCAUGGACCACCAUGCCAAGAGGACAGCGAUUGCCGGGGAUUCACGAAUUGCCUGCGCUGCGCCCGCUCGGGCUUUUGCACAGAUCAACCUGCAUGGUGAGCUUAGGGGGCCUUUGCAUGUUGCAAGACUCUGAGCUUGGGGGGCAAGCUGCUCGUCGCAAGAGACGCCGUGCAAGAAAGAGCAGCAAAACAAAGCGUGGGCGCCUGUUUCUGGUCUACAGAGGAAUCGUCCCUCACUGUGCACAAGGAGAGAUCUCUCUGAACUUUUCUACAGUGAGUUCAGAGCACUAGCCAAAAGAGUUCACCUUGUUUGGUGCCAAUGCCAUCGACAGGUGGAGAUAUCCUCAAGCGAAAGAUGGCAGGAUGUGUUUUUGUUUGUCAAAGCUUUGCACCCGACCGGUUUCCUUUGCGACGGCCGAGAAUCGCUAGGAUGUGUUCAGAAAGAAGCAAGAUGUCACCAGAAAAUGGGUGUAGCAUGUGUCACCAGUUCUCGGUGGGAGAAAUGAUGGGAAUUUGCAUCAACCACAUUCUCAUCAUGAGACUUGGCAUCCCGAUCUCAGGGGCCGAGAAGGGCCGUCGGCCAAGAAGGGCCAAGAUCUGUGAUCCAUGUUUCUGCCGAGAGCGAUCCGAACACUGGGCAUCUGAAAGAGACAUCUUUCGCUGCGGAAUCUGCGGAUGACGAGUGGACAUAGGGUCAGACAUAGGGUCAGACAACGUUUCUGUAGUACUUCGAGC